AUGAACAAGAAUUCACCCUCACCGAGUUCACCAACCCCUGUGAUUUUGGUGUUGGUCACCAACAAACAGGGGAAAGUGCUUGAACACAGUCAGUUCUUCAGAACCUUCUCUGUCUUCGGAUAAGUUAAAAAGAUUCUCAUUUUCGAAAGAAAGAUCAUUUGGAAAGUAUUCAUCGAGUACGAGACAGCCUAAUAGGCACAAUCAGCACUUAUCUUAGAUGGCACUCUCUUCGAUUACUAACUCAAAAUGAGAGUCCACCUCAGCUAACGAGAUUCCCUUGUGUUUCAGAAUAACAACAAUUGCGGAGUGGAUUACACUGCUCUUCAAUCCAAACAGUAAUUUUUCCAACAACUCAAGGAAGAUUCGAAUUCCCUCAACCAACAAUUGCAACAGAACCUUGAAAUUCUGAAUCAAUUCAUUUCUCAAUUGAAUUAGACUACUGAUUUAAAAGAACAAAUUUCCCUCAUCCAGCAGAUCCAAGAGUAUCGAAAUCAAACCCAAUAGUUGACAGUCCUUUAUUAACAACAAUUGCGUAAUUAUGCUUCCGUGCUCCAACGAGAAGGCAAGAAAUAAAAAUAGAUCGUAUCCUCAACUACCAGUCCCUCCCCUUCCCCCUUUUAACAUUCGACUCUAGACUCUAUAAGACAGCAAAUCCUCGAAGAAUCAUCCGAAGAUGACAAAGAGGAGUUUUCAGACGGAGAGAGUAUCACCUCCGAAUAAUCAGCAAAGUCUAAAAAAUCUGCUCGUUCCGAAGACAACUACAAUGAAGUCUUCUGCAAUGACUCUAGCAAUCCCUUUUCCUGUGGAGCCAGUCCCUUCACUCCCUACCCUUAAUCGCAAAGCAGUCCCUUCUUAAUGACUCCCACUCCUCUACCCUAAUAUUUGGUAGUGCAGCAUCCCAAUACCAAUCUACGAGUGGUGUACAACAUCUUUAGUACAAUCACAAGAGUAGAUGCCAUCUAUCAAAGCCAAUAUGGAGCCUUCCUCCAACUGGCUUCCAAAGAAGAAGCAAUCAGAAUCAAAAACUUACUCAAUAAAGGCCUUCUCUUGGGAAUGCCUAUGACUUUGAUGAUCUCCGAAAAGCUACCACAGGAUGCUCGUCAAGUAGCCUUGCCCCCCAACGAGAGGAAGCCCAUCAUAGCACAGCAACUGUCCAAUGCAAUCUAAAUUACAGGUCUUUCAGGUGUCACCAUAGAGUAAAUGUAUUAAUACUUUGGAUGCAUGACGCCUAUCUUAAACAUGAAAUUCAUUAAUCAAAGCUCUUGCAAAAUACUCUAUUCCGAUGUAGGAUGCAGUCUUAGUGUCUUAGGACAUUUCCAAGAUGCCAAGAUCAAUGGAAGAUCUGUGUAACUUUCAUUCACAGCUUUCUGAUUAAUGAGAAUGAAUGAAUUUUAUAAAUAUAUAUUUACCAGCAUUAUAAGUUAUCAUAUC